GUAAUUCUGUUUGAAUAAAACUCAUUAGAAAUAAUUUAUGUAGUUUUGUAGACAAUUUAAAAUUUAACCUUAUUCAGAUGUCCUUGAUGUCAUAUGUCACUUUUAAAUGGCUACACUGUUUACUGUUUUUUGACAAAUGGGCCCCAUAAUGGCUUCCAAGCAACAAGAAAUAGAAGUUUUAGAAAACUGGGAAGAAAUUGAAGAGACUGAUGUUUUAGAGAAAAAAUUUAAUAAAAUCUUAGCACCAAGUAAAACACUUGAUAAUAAGAGUACUAAUGGUAGUAUAGAAAACUCUGUAAAAAUAAUUCUAACAGGAGACGAUGCCUUAAGAACACAAUAUGUGCCUCCUGAGCCAACAGUAAAAAUUUUGAAGAGACCUUCUAAAGAUCUAAACAGUAAUGGUGAUUCUAAGGUGUAUCAACCUAAAAAAACUUUACAGCAACGAGAAUUAGAAUAUGCAGAAGCUAGGCUAAGGAUUUUAGGUGAAGCUAGUCCAGAGAAAAUAGAAGAAGCAAGAAUUAGUAUAGUCAAACCAAAUCAUUUGGAAAGUAUAAAUGUUAUUAGAAUGCCAAGAGGUCCAGACGGUACAAGAGGAUUCAAUGAACGUAGGUAGUACUUUUUGGUAGCAGUCAUAUGAUCUAUUCUUAUCACAUAUCCAUUUUCACUUUCAAAAAUGAAAACUUGAACAGGACUCAAUCAAAUAAAUUAUUUACUUGGAGUAAAAGGGUCCAAAUUGUGAUGCAAAGGCUCAUGUACGAACAUAUUGUGGUCUGUAUAUAGAAAGUGUGUUGGAGGUUUUUCAGCGGACGUUAUAAAUAAGUUUAUCUCAUUUUAAGAUAGUACAUGAACAUUUUUAUAUAAAUAAUAUGUAAAUUUUGCGCCUCUGGAUGCCAAACUUAAUUGUGUGCUGUUGAUUUUAUUUGAACGUUUACAAGACUGAAAAUAGAUAAUAAGACACUAGUAGUAGUUUUGUAUAUAUACGUAUAAGUUUUAUAUACAUGUAAAAUGUUUUGUUAUUUUAUCUCAAAAUAUUAUGGCUAGUGAUUACUAAAAAAAGAGAUUUUUGUAACAAUAAUAGAAUAAAAACAGUUAAGACAAUAUCUGAUCACAGUUCAUAAAACGCAAAAUUAUAUCUCUUUAAAUAAGGUUCUAUGUUCUAGAAGACCAAAGUACAAUAAUCACGAUUUUAUAUUGAAAUAUUUUAGUACACAAAAUGUAUAAUCUAUAUAUUUGCAAUGUCAUACAAAAACACUAGAUAAAGAUUUGGGGAAUUUAACAACUUUUAAUAAAAUAUAAUAAUUAUUUUAGUUAGAAAAUAAAUUGUAUAAACAUAUUUUUGAUGUUAAGUCUGGAUAUGGUAUAGUGAAAAAGCAAGUGUUUUUUGUGCAAGAUUAAAGACUGAAACAUAACUCUUAGUCACUCUUCUUCUUCAUGCGCCGUGCUCAACUAUCGAGCGUUGGCUAUCAAAUUGGCUAUAGUAAUGUUGUUGACAGUAGCUUGGAAAAGGGAUGCAGAGGAUCUGUUAAACCAUUCUCUUGGGUUUUUAAGCCCUGACGUUCUUCUUUGACCUGGCCCUCUUCUUACGUCUACCUUGCAUUGUAUUAUUAAAUGGAGUAUAUUAUAUCUCUUUGGAUGUCGCAUAAUAUGACCAAAAUAUUCAAGUGUCACAGGUCUCUUUCAUUAAUUGAAUCGAAAUAAUAAUUUAAAGAUCGAUCUAUUAGUUUUUUAGCCUUUUUGUUUCAUAGACGUCGAGAGAGCGUUUGAUAGAAUACAAUAAUUAAAAGAUGUGAUAUGUGCACCUACUAUAUUAUGACAAAAAUUUACCACUGGAUAUCAUAAAACUGAUAGAAAACAUAUAUGUAAGAAAUAAAAUAGAAAUGAAAGUCAAUGGAGUAAAACAGAACCCAUAGAAGCAAACACAGGAAUCAAGCAAGGAGAUUCACUAAGCCCUCUACUGUUUAACAUAAUGUUGGAUGCAAUAAUAAAACAAGUGAAGAAAAAAAGAGGGUACGGAAUGGGCGAUAGAGAGAUAAAAAUACUUUGUUACGCUGAUGACACAGUGUUGUGUCGAAAUGAAAUGAAGAUCUUAAGAACGAUUGCUGGAAAAGGACUACAGGACAGGGUAAGAAGUGAGGAAAUCAGACGCAUAGGUGGGGUAAACAAUAUAAAUACCUGAGUAAAGAACAGAAAAGAAGAAUGCAAUCAACACGUAAGCAGGAUGUCUGAAUCAAGGAUAGUAAGAAUAGCCAGGUACAAGUCACCGUUAGGCAGAAGAAGUAUAGGACGCCCAAGGAAAAGAUGGAAUGACAAUUUAGGGACAGAAUGAAAGGCACCGUUGAAGAAAAACAGGCAGUACUGCCUAUAUUAAAAAAAGAAAAAGUUUUUUGUGGCCUAUUUGACUAUCUAUUAUCUGUGUGUCUGCAAAUAAGAUUAAGAGAAAUUUAUAACCAGUAUUGCAACUACUGAAUAGAACAAUUAAUUGAUAAGAAUUUCUGGUAGUUAGCAGGCUAUUGGUCCAAUACAAAAUUUGCUAUUUCGAGUAGGUCAUGUGGUUCCCAGAUAGUUUUAUUUAUUUUCAUCGUUUUCAAGUCGGCCAAUUUAAUACUUUGAAGUAAUUAAUCAACAAUUUAAACUCGGCCACUGUUUGGUUUUGCGCAAGUACUUCACAGUUCACUGAAGAUGGACUGAUACGUCCGAAAACGUUUGUUCUGAACAGCUGAAAAUCCAUUUGGAUUUUAUGCAAUGCAUAGAUACAAAUGUACUGCUCGAGUUUGAAAAUAGAUAAUAAAAUAUCUAACAAUAGCACGGGCAAAAUACGUAAGCGUGAGCCACGUUCGUUAUUCACUAGUAAUGUCAACCCGCCUUUAAUGUUGGUAUUUUCUUAUUGCUGACUUCUUUUGAUAUUGGUAACCAGAAUCUACUACAUUCUGUUGAUGGGCUUGCUACACAUUUUUCUUCAUUAAGUAUUUAAUUUUCUAGUACAAAUUUUCUUCAUUGGGUAAUUUUUUGUAUAUACAAUUUCUUAUACUUUUUUAGGUUUUUAACUGUGAUAGGAGAUAUUUAAUUAUUUAUUCAUUAUUUAUUAUUUUAUUUUAAAUUUGGACUCGUGUCUUGCUUAUAAUUUCUUAAUAGCAUUAUUUACACGCAACCAAACUUUAUGGAAUCAUGUGAUAUUUUUUAUUAAUUCAAGCGAAUUUAAAAAACCAACAUACGAAGUCAAACAAUAUUUGUUUUAAAACAAUUUAUUCCCCAACACAUACAAAUUAAAGGAAACAAUUAAGUCUGGAAAUAAAAAAUUUAAAGUAUUUGUUUUAAUGUGAAUAGCAUGAAAAAUUUCAAUGUAAAACAAAUAAUGUUUAAAUUGUUUUUAUUUAUUUAUGUUUUUUUUUUUUAGUAGUUAGUGUUAUCACCCCUGAACCUUAUGCAAGCUUCAAUUUACGUGAGCAUGCUCCUAAUAAAGUUGGCAACAUUUUGUUUUGGUAGGUUGCUCCAUUCUUCAAGAGAAGCUUGUAUUGGCCGUGCAAUAUUUUGUGAAUUAUCCCGACGGGCUGUAAUUUUUCUUUUAAGCAUAUCCCACAAGUUCUCUAUAGGGUUAAGGUCGGGUGAGCAAGCAGCCCACUGCAGAAGAGUGAUACCUUCUGCUUCAAUAAAAUCUGUAGUCACUCUUCUGGUAUUAAUGGGUGCAUUGUCAUGCAUGAAAAUUAAAUUUUCUCUCAUUUCUUCUCUCCUGAACCUACCUAUAGGUUCUAGAACUAAAUCAACAAACCUGCGAGCUGUUAAAGCUGUUUGGAUAAAAAUUAAAGGAGUUUCUUCUUCUUCUUUUAGUUUCUUGGCCUCCACCUCUUAGGUACUUGGUCAGUUAUUAAAUGAGUUUAUUUACCGAUGAUAAUGCCUCCCCAGAACAUGGCACUUCCUACUUACUUCAUAUCUGUGAACAGAUCUGGUAGUUUUCGUUAUUUCUGGUCUUACUCGCCCUCCACGUACACGAAUUGGUCGGUCAUCUCAUUUUACAAAAAUUCUGGGUUCGUCUGAAAAUAGCAAAUUUGGUCAAUUUCCAUUGUUCCAGUUUUGGUGUUGAAGACACCAAUUUAGACGAUCAAUAUUGUGCUGCCUGGAUAACUCGUGACUGUCUCUUGCUGUAUGAACCCAUACACAUGAACUUUUUUUUAUCGUUUUAACUGGAACACUUACACCUCUAGCUUCCCAAAGCUGCUUUUGGAGCUGUAGAUAAGAAAUUGUUGGAUCUCUACUAGCUGCUUGGGCAAUGAAACGAUCGUGGCGAGUCGUUGUUACUUUUUGACGACUUUGUCUUGGUCUAUUCGUUAAGCAAUGGUUUGUUAGAACAGUGAGCGACGCACGGCAUACGCGUACAGCAGAAUCUGUUGUACUCGACGCACGGCAGAUUUGACUGGGUCGGUUUGUUAGCAUAUUCUGUCGCUCUCAAAAUAGUUUCAGUUUUCAGUUUGACGUUUGUUCUCACGAAGGGUAUACGUAGAAAAAUGAAUUCUGACAAAAUCAAAGCAAUCAUUUUAUUACUCCUAGAAGAGGAGGAGGAAGAAGAGUUAAUAAUACUACAUUUAAAUAAAAGAAAUAAAAAUGUAAACGAAAUGUUUUCAUGUGCAUUAAAUUAACAGUCGAAAUAAGAUUGUUUCAGAACGAGGAAAAAUUUCGAAAAUAUUUUAGACUGUCCAGGGAUUUAUUUGAAACUGUAUUACAAUUUAUAAGGGAUGAAAUGACUAAAAAACCCUACAACAGAAGACAACAUCCGAUUUCUGCAGAAGAAAAAUUAAGCAUAAAUUUGAAGUACCUAAGUUUUUUUUAUUUAGAGAAAAAAUAAAAAUACAGUGUUUAAGUAUAUUCUGGCGAAAAUACAAACGAAUGCACGCUCUGAGAUCCUAUAUUGGGUUCCAAAGAAUUUUUUGGUCACAAGAAUUAUUUGUUAUAUAUAGGAACCAAUGUUAUGAAUAGAACUAAUUCAUAUACCUAAUUAAUUUGCAGCCAGCUCAGUUUCAUAUCGCUAAACAAUAUUCAUGAGUUCAGCUUUUAUUCUUGCCUUUUCAAUCGUACGAAAUUUCGAUACUUUGGAAGCCACACUUUCAAAAAAACAUGUGUAUAGAAGGAUCACUUGAUUUUUGAGCCAGUGUCGAUGAUGUUUCCGACUUUUUAACAAGUUUUUCAAUCAGAGCGGUUCGUUCCUCUCGUCCCAUUUUUAAUUCACUCAUUAAUGAGAAAUUUCUGUUUUUAGACAUUGACUGUUUUCGGUUAGGAGACUCCUUGUCAAACUGAAAUGUCAGAAAUUUCUUGGAAAUUUCUCUUAUGUGGAAGUUAUUGACCAUUUGUAUUUUAUAUUACCAUUACAUUGACCAAAAUGGUUUCGAAGUAAAGAGACUUAGCAAGUGUAUAUUUCUGGCUCCUGGCGACAGGAACCAGGAGUAAUAAAUCGUAUAAUACAAUAGUAAUAGAAAUUAGAUGUUCGCUUCCCGUGAAGCAUAAUAUGGUGUCUUUGAAGGGCACUACUGAAAGGUUUAUAGUACCUAUCUUUUGUUAAAGGCAACCUGCUUUUCUCUUUGAAUAUUUACCCAAAGUAUUGACUGAAAACAGGUCAAUUAACAGAGAACUAUGUACAUAUUUAAAAAUAUGAAAAUAGAAUAUUAAUAAAUGAGAUAUUCAAUCAAAGCAUACUUUAAUAGUGAUCAGGGAUCUGUAUAAUAUGGCAAGACAAAAUUGUGUCACGUGUUGAAUAAUAACGAUACACUUUAUUUUGUACCAACGUUGUUUUAUUAUAAUGCAUGCCUCAGUUUAAUAAAUAAUAGUAAUAAUACCAAUUAAUUUAAAUACUAAUAAUAUCAAUUUAAUACAAGUGACUUUUUCAUUUACUUUGUUCAAUUUAAAAUAUAUCAAAUCAUCUAAACUUAUUUUUGUUUGAAUGAAAUUAGUUUACCACCAUGUUGUACACCGUGAGUUCAGCUGAACGUUUGCGUCCAAAUCAAACCCCAGUUGAUUCCAGCGCACACCGUCGACGUACACUGCUGUCAGUCUUCAGAGCGCGCAACUCAGCAGAACCUAACAAUCCGUUAACAUACAGAAACCAUUCCUUUGAUUUGGACUGACGUGCGCGGCGUUCGACUGACGGUGAGUUGUGCGUCGCUCACUGUUCUAACAAACCGUGGCUUUAGCUUUCCUAAUUCCUGAUACCUAACAUGGGUUUUUGACACAACACCCUGUGUUACAUCUACCACUACAGCUAUGUUCCUCUGAGACAUUCCUUGCUCCACAAGACCAAUAAUAUUUCCCCUUUGCACGUCCGCUACUCCAACGUAGGGCAUAUUUUCAUUUUUAAACGUAAAAAUUUGUUUAUUUUCGAUUAAUUUACAACUACAGCAAAUAAAUAAUAUACCCUAUUCCACGAACAUACGCCUGUUUUGGAUUACUUCGACAACGAAUAUUUUACUGUGCAAAAUAAGAAGAACGAAAGUAAAUUGCAAAUUACAUUGUUGUUUAUUGGAAUAAUUAUUAGCGCCAUUUACUUUCGUACUUCUUAUGUUGCACAGUAAAAUAUUCGUUGUCGAAGUAAUCCAAAACAGGCGUAUGUUCGUGGAAUGGCCCAUAAUCUCUAACGUACAGAGCUGUGUUAUCUGAUUGUUUUAUCGGUUUGUUUAUUUUCAAUAAAAAUCUUUAUUCUUCGCAACUAUAACAAGUUUUUUCAAACGAAAUAAAUAUUGGUUUGAAAUACAUGGUGAUUCCAUAUAAGUUUGGUUGUGUGUAUAUAUUAUAUAUCAAAGUAAGUUAUCAAUCAAAGUAGCACAGAAAACGAGAAUAAAUAUCGUCUCCGUACCACCAGAUUGACAACAGGUGGAAUACUUUCUUUGGUUACACCUCCUGAGAUUUUCAAAAUUUAUAAAUCAUACAGGAUGCCGAGGAAAUUAAGAUGAGAGAAUUUUAAAUAAUUCACAACUCAUCUGCUCAGCGUGGUAAAACUUCAAACAAGAAAGAUUCCUUAAUACUCAUACAAAAGAGUAAAUGAAUUAAAAAUGUAUAAACAUUUUCAAUUUCUUUGCAACACUAAAUGCAGCAGCUGCAUAAUACUCUGGUUAAAUCGGAGAGUGCAGGAAGAGUCUAUACCGGUUUCGGAGGUCUUUUUCCCCUCAUCAGUAGUCCCAUAUCCUCCUCUCUCCGAUUUUUCCACGUAUCAUACUUUUGACCUUUCCGAAUUGCAAAGAAAGAAAUGUCACGGAUGAUCUAGAGCCGUAAAUUUACUAUUUACCGAAAAACAAAGUAAGUUAUCAAUCGAAGUAGCACAGAAAACGACAAUAAAUGUCGUCUCCGUACCCCCAGAUUGACAACAGGUGGAAUACUUUCUUUGGUUAGGUACACCUCCUGAGAUUUUCAAAAUUUAUAAAUCAAAUAGGAUGCCGAGGAAAUUAAGAUGAGAGAAUUUUAAAUAAUUCACAACUCAUCUGCUCAGCGUGGUAAAAAUUCUCUCAUCUCAAUUUCCUCGGCAUCCUGUUUGAUUUAUAAAUUUUGAAAAUCUCAGGAGGUGUAACCCAGUGCCGGUUUAUCCACUGGGCGCUUCGGGCGGGCGCCCAGGGGCCCGUUCUUUUUAAUUAUAAAAAAAUAAAGUCGCUAAAUAAUUUACAUAUUCUCCGAAAAAAUCUCAUACGCAGAUACGCCAAUACACUGCAAACGCCUUUGUUCUAUUGUUACAUCUCUUCACGCCUAUACACAGUGCCGUAGUAUAGCCCCACAGGGGCCCCGUGUCAGUGUUUGUGACGGAGCCCUUUUCCCGUUCUUUUUCGGCUUUAAAAAGAAUAAAAACAUAUUUAAGGUCAAAUUUGGGUCAAGAAAACCUAGACGCAUUAUCACUAUUGUAUAUAGAGAAUGAAGAACUGGAGAAACUGAAUUGUGAUAAUAUUUUAUGGCAGUUUGCGAAUGCAAAGUCAAGAAAAAAAGUGAUCUAAUUUUUGUCUUUAUGUAUUAUUUAGAAUAUGUUUUUUUGCUUGUCAUGUGUUGUUUUGUGGAACUUUCUGUUUUAUUCAUGUUUUUAAAUGUAUUUUUUGGAUUAUUUUUUACGUUUGCUAUUUUUCUUGCUUGUUUAAAAAAAUAUUUUAUGGAUUUUACAAUAAACCUUUAUAUUUAAUGCAUGUGUUUUCUUGUUAAAAAACUGACAACAAAUAGCAAUGAAGGGGGCCCCUAAACCUCCAGCGCCCAGGGCCCGAAGUUAGGUUAAACCGGAACUGGUGUAACCAAAGAAAGUAUUCCACCUGUUGUCAAUCUGGUGGUACGCAGACGAUAUUUAUUGUCGUUUCCUGUGCUACUUCGAUUGAUAACUUACUUUGUUUUUCGGUAGAUGGCUCUAGUUCAUCCGUGACAUUUCUUUCUUUGCAAUUCGGAAAGGCCCAAAGUAUGAUACGUGGAGAAAUCGGAGAGAGGAGGAUAUGGGACUACUGAUGAGGGGGAAAUGACCUCCGAAACCGGUAUAUACUCUUCGUGUACUCUCCGAUUAAACCAGAGUAUUAUGCAGCUGCUGCAUUUUCGUGUUGCAAAGAAAUUGAAAAUGUUUAUACAUUUUUAUUAUAUAUCAUUUAUAUAUCAAUAUAUGUGUGGGCUUUUCUGAAACAUCGUUCUCACGGUAAAUGCCAUGUUACCUUCUCUGGAUGAUAUACUCGUACAUUUUUGAGGAUCACCACAAAUGGCUUCUCCGGGAUAUACAGCAAUGAAUGUUGUUUCUACGCGUGAGCUUAUUGAGUAUUUGUUCCUUCAGGAGUUUUUGUUUUCUAUUUAUUUAAGUUUAUCUGUUCUAUGUCUUUUGAUUUUUUUAUUUAUUUAUUCAUUGCUAAUUUACAAUCUACUUCAAUAAAGUAAUAAGUGAAUGUGAUUUGCUUGGGCAGGUGUCGUCCAUUGACAACUCUCUGAAAUUCACCUAGCAGCUAGGUCUUCUGGCCAAAGUGUUUUUAGGCGUCUGUCAAUCAGUGGAGGGUUGAAUAAUUCGUCUAUGAGAUGGUUUGGAAGGUUUGCGCUGCGAUUCCUGUAUCUUCUGAAGUGGUCAGUGAUCACAUCAUUGAUAAAAGGAAUUUUGAGGUCUGCAUGAAGGGUUUGGUUUGACACGUACCAUGGGGUUUUAGCUAACACACGAAUAGUCUUUGACUGGAAUGUCUGUAGUAUUUUGAUGUUGGAUGGUUUGCUACAGCCCCACAGCUCGACUCUGUAUAACUACACUGGUUUGAGUAUUGUUUUAUAGAUGGUCAGUUUAUUUUAUAAUGGAAGUUGAGAUCUUUUGUUGAUAGCCAGCUCAUAUUUUUAACUUUUAGGUCGAGGUGUCGUCGUUUGUAAUUUUCAAGUAAGUUUUUCGUCUAGAUGAAGGCCAAGGUACUUUACUUCUGUUUUUAUUGGUAUAUUAUUAUGUAGGUGUAGUUUUGGACAUCUAAUUCUUCGAUUUGUGAAAUUUACAACAUCUAAGCUAGUCUUCUAGUUCGUUGAGAUGGUCUUGCAAUUUGUUAAAUGCUAAUAUUUCGUUGAUGUCUGUACCAGUGUCAUCCGAAAAUGUUGCCAUUAAUGUAUUUUCGCUAAUAGGAAUAUCAGCAGUGAAAAUUUGGUAAAGGAAUGGGCCAAGUACGCUGACUUGAAGUACUCCGGAUUCUAUUUGGUGGUAGUUGGAUAGGGUUCCUUCGUAUUUAACUUGGUCAUGUCAGACAAAUAUGAUUUAAGGAGGAGAUACGUCCGUGUUUAAAAUUUUACUUUGUCUAUGGAGUAUAGUCAAAGAGUGUUCUUUAUGUGGCUUGAAUCCAACAAUGCGGAUUUGUACUUCUAGUUAUUAAUAACAUACCGGUUACAGUCUAAUAAACAAUUACAGAUAUUACCUCGUCUACGCAGUGGCGGCUGGUGGGGUAAAAUUUUGGGUAGUCCAAGCCAGCAAAUUUCAUAUAAGUAUGUGUAAUACAUAAUAUGCAAAUAUAAAUUUAUUUUUAUGUAUAAAAAUACUUAGAAGGUAACUUUAACAGAUUUAAUAAAGCCCCAGAAAAACUCAUUUUAUGUAUCAAUUAUAAAACUAUCGCACUAUUCCAAGAAAAAUUUUAAGCAAUCAACCGAGAUCGGCCAAACCACUAGUAAUAACAGUGAAAAUCGAACAAUUUUUUUUUCGAAUUUUACGAAUUUUUUUGAACUCAUUUGCGCAAAUGUGCACUUGUUUACAAUUGUGUUGUUUGUCUAAAAAUGUGUUACAAUUGAAUGGUGGGCUACAACAAUGUUGUAAGCGACAGAAUCGAGAUUAUGCAGGAGAUGAAAAAAAACACAUUGACAACCCAUUUCUGAACAUACGGAUACCAACAUUGCGGUACGAAAAACUCAGGGAAGGCAAAAUAUUUUUAGCCAGAUUGAAAGAUGCUCGCAUUGGUCUUUUUAUAUACAAUAAUAUUGCAUUAAAACCUCACUUUGACCCAAUAUGUCGCUUACAACAUUGUUGUAGCCCACCAUUCAAUUAUAGAUUAUGUUACAUAUUUUUUUAUCAAAAUUUAAAAGAAAAUUUAUAUUAGAACUCGAUAAUUAUGUUUAAAGUGGCAACGAGGCUGGGCGAAGGCCAGUUCGAUUCGGGCCUGUACACCAAGCAUAACCCGACAAAUAAAAUCAUUGUCCGGCAAGCUGCUUAACUUCAAACGCUUUUUGUACGGAGAUCUUAUGUGAGCUAGGUCGGCCUGGUGCGAGCGGGCCUAUUAAUGAUAUUUAAAAUGCCUGAAUACGAUUGGAUGCUUUCUGUGAUAAUAAUAUAUGUACUUAAUAACAAAGUUGUCUUAACGGACGAUGAUGUAUUGAGUGAUUUAGUACAUUUAAAAGUUAUUUACAUGCUUUAACAUAAUUUUUGAAUAUAUCUUUUUCAAUUUUAAAGCUCUUAAAAUUAUUGAGUAGGCCCGGCCUAUCCUGCCUACCCCCAAAAGCCGCCACUGCGUCUACGUCAUUCGAAAUAAUCGUCACAGUUGCAUCUAAAAAGACUGGAAAAGUAAAUAUAAGAACCAGACAUAACCAAAAAUUAGAAAGUGCAUGCAUGCCUGUCGUACAAGACUAGAUUCUUAUAAACGAUUUGGCUUCUGAACAGAAUACUUUUAAGGACGAUGUCAGUCUUUAUUAAGACUGUAAAUAACAUUUCAGCCUGUGAAUUGUUCAAAUAGUAUUUACAGACUUAUUUAAUAUACUUGAACAUUGUUAAAUCUUGCAAAAUUAUUUCCUUUAAGGCCUCAUAACAAUAAUAUAUUUUCUAUCUAGUUUAUUGCUAUAUAUGGCACAUAAGUUAGUUUAAGAUGCAUUGAUGUACGGUAUGUUAAUCAAACGAUGAUGCCUAUUUUUUGUUUUAAACCAUCUUUUGAACCAGCUCUACUAAGUUCGCUAUUAAUUAUCGAAGGAAAGUACGCUCGCGGCGUCGUCUUGGUCCUAAACAAUUAUAGUCUGUUUUUAAACCAAGAGUAGUAAUUUAAAUUUCCCGCGCCGUAAAGCUUGUUUGUAAUUGGUCCAACUUCAGGCAAGUUUACUCCACUGUUAUCAAAUUUUGACACUAAUGUCAUUUAUAAAAUUUUGACACUUCUAUCAUUUUAUAGGUUAAUUAAGUUAUAUCAGCGGUUUUUUGUAUUCUCUACGUUAUUCCUUUAAUUUUUAGAUUUUUAGUCUGUGUUUAUAUAAAAAACAGUUGUUUUUAGAACUCUUUAGCGAUGUAUUAGUAUAAUAUAAUAUUUAUGGAUUACCGUCAAAGGCCGAUAUGAUCAACCAAAAAAGAAUAUGUAUUUGGUGGUAUUUCUAGAGACUUUCUUGGGUGUGAAUCUGUCUUUUUAGUUUACUCCUCUUGGUUUAAAAAUAAAGCUUAGCGGUUGUCCAAUUAGAGAAAAGGAACUAAUUAACUUUUCACAACGUUGAGGAGAGAUCCAAAUAAAAGCAUACCCACUGGCCUAAAACCACUUUGAGUUUAAUCUAUAACUUUAUUAUAGAUAGAUGUUUACCUAUUUAACUAUUGUUAAUGUCGAAAUUGUCGGUCAGAUAGCCAACAUGGUGCAAGACGCUUGAUCGACAAAUCUAUGGUUCUGAGUUAGAGCCCAUGGCCCCGUGAACAGAAAAAUAAAAAGGCUAACGACGUAGUAUAAAAUUAUAAGAAUCUACCAAAUACUAUUGACUGUAAUACAUUGAACUCCCACAGAAAUCUGGAAGCACGUUGCCACUAGCGUAACUGUCGGCUUGAGUUGAACUACGUUUUGACAACGUAAAAUUUGACCAAUUCUGAACAUUCAAAUUUAAUUUUAUAAAUUUUUGAAUAACGAGCUAAUUUUGCUAAAUUAAAAUAAAAUAAAAAUAGUUCAAACACUUAUACAAAAACAAUAAUAAAGCAAUUUUAUAAGUGUAAGGUUAGAUUGCUCUGCUUAUCCUACUCAUACCGCUAGAUGGCGCUAUUUUUUUGCUUCCUCAAAAUUAAUGGGAAAUGUCAAGAGUUGUAUGUAUUACAGUCCAUAGUAUUUGAAUCUACGACUUACGCCCGGUUUCCGAAAGGAUGAUCAUCUCAAAAAUUAUGUAAUCGACGAUUAACAAUAGAUUAAAUGCGUCAGAAACGUCAACCAAACUAGUUUUAACAAUAGUCGAUCACCUGACAAAAGAUUAAUCGUUAGUUAACAGCCGAUCAUGAGUGUUUUGAGUCUACGAAAGGUCGAUUAACCAGUUUCGCUUGUCAAACGGCGGUAAAAAUGGACUGUUACCUAAUCUGCGACUAUCCGUCGAUUAACGAGCUGUUAAGAGUUUUUUUAGUUUUUUAAUUACUGUAAUUAACAAAUACCGGGAAAAAAUUGUCAAAUAACACAUAUAUAAAUGAUAUAAAUCAUAUUAUUCAAUAAAAAUAAGAUUUUUUUAUGGAAGAAAUAAUUUAAAAUAUUUAUUUAACUUGCAGAACAUGGAUAUCUCGGACAUUUUUUAUAUUUUAUUAUAUAAUUUAUAUUUUUUUUCUUUUAAAAAUGUAAGAUAACAAGGAUGCUAGACUCAUAGAGCUAUUUUUUGAGAGGCCAGAGCUCUAAAAAGCAGAACAUAAUGAUUAUAGCGAUGUAAAUAAGAGGGAAAACGUGUGAGAAAUUAUAGCAGCUAACUUUGAAGACAAUAAAACAGCCGGUAAAUAAAUUAAAAAUAAAUAUAAAAAGUAAAUAUAUAGACCAAAAAUGAAAAUACGAUUAUAAAAUAUUAUAGAUCAUAAAUAAACUGUUUUAUAUCUCCAACUCCCGUCACAUAACCUAGCCUCAUUUUUAAAAUGCUCUCGUUCAAUUCUUGCUCCAAACAAAAGUGACAGUACGUAAGAGAGAAUGCACCUUUAGAAUCUAAAGAUACAAGUUUGGAUUUAGAGGUUAAUAUAAUUGAAAUUUUGAAGGAUAACAGCCAAUUGUGACAGUAUCGCUACCAAAUCGUAUGUCAGAUCAUCGAUUACAUGAUCUAUGAUCAUGCAAUUUUACAAUAAUUGGCGUUUGAGAAACCCAUCACAGGUUAACAGUUGAUCAAAUCUGACAGCCGAUUAGAUGAUCGGAGAUUUGAAUAACGUUUCGGAAACCGGCUGUUAGUCUGGAAUAAGCUGGUUUCUAAUUGACAUAUGGGGAGCAGUACGGCAAGGGCUUGCGGCUCAGUGAUACUCCAUAGAUCCCUACUGGAAGGGCGUUGACUCUUAAAAACGGUGUAUAUAUUUACUUUCAAAAUAUUUAUGUAAAUAUUCAGAGUAGUGUUAUCUUAGGGUUAGAUUAACAUACUUUACUGACUAAGCUUUAGAUCACGUUGACCAAUAAUUUUGGUACACACUAUAUUUUUAUAAACUACCGAUAAGAAUAUUAAAAUAAUUUUGUAAGAUUUUGUGCAAUAUAUUUUUGUGUGCAUAUAUGCAAUAUAAUAUAUAUCUCAUGACAUAUUUAGGUUAAGUAUUUAUAAAAUUAUGUUUUGUGUUUUUAGAGAUUAAGUAUUACAUCAAAUAACAAUAUAUUUUUUGUUUUUGUUAUUUUAUAUAAUUAGGACAUGAUCUAUUUAAUCUAUUAUUUAUCCUUAACUUAAAUUUUGUAAUAUAUUCAAAGAAUAGGUAACUCAAUAAAUUAGUAGCAGUGUUAAGAACAGGUAGUAAAUAUCUUUUCAAUUUUUUCUUGCUAAAUAUAUGUUGUUAAAUAUAUUAAAUACAGGGUGGACCAAAAAUCUGGAAUCGCCUAAUUAUCUCUUAAAUGGAUGGUCCGAAUUUGUUCAAAAACCGGGAUACGCCUAUUCUGCAAUAUGGAGAUUUCAAAUUUAUUGCUUGAUGAUUCUUACCAUUUUUCCGAUAUUAUUGGUCACUUUGGUUUUUUAAAUACAACCCUAAUCCUAUGUAUAUUGUAUUAUUAUUGGAAUCCUCACUUCAAUACAAGUUCUACCUUGUGUAACCCUUUUGUAUUUUAUCUAGUCACGAAGGUCUAAGUGCCGGCGCAAAUUGAACCUAAGCGAGCACAACCUGGCACCGGCGGGACGGGUGACCUGUGUAGUUAUUUUUCUAGCGCACCGCAUAUUGUUCACAACAAAACCCAACCGUUGGCUGUCUCUGCAACGAAUAGAGGGACGGGCAAAAUCAGUGCGGACGUGUAACGGUUACUUUUGAUACCGGGUCUCAGUGGUAGAUACUGAGUACAAAAUACUGAUUACAAAAUACUGAUGUAUCUGUAUCUGAUGUGUUUCAUAGAUUAUAACAAGGCCUUUGAUAAAGUGCGGCAUGAUCAUCUAAUCAGACUCCUGGCAGAAAAGAAUUUAGAUAAACGAGAUAUCCGACUAAUAGCAAAUAUGUACUAUAAUCAGAAAGCAGUGGUGAGAGUAGAGAAUAAUACCACUGAAGAAAUUGAAAUAAAGCGAGGUGUGAGACAAGGGUGUAUACUGUCACCAACCCUGUUUAAUAUCUAUUUCGAAGACGUAAUGAAUAGAACACUCUCUGAGCAAUCCAUAGGUAUUAAAAUAAAUGGUGUUAGAUUAAACAAUCUGAGAUUUGCCGACGACACCGUUCUGAUCUUAGAAACACUUGAAGAGCUACAGACAUUGGUGAAUAAGAUAGCAGACUGCAGCGAAGAAUAUGGACUAUCUUUGAACAUAAAGAAAACUAAAUUUAUGGUAAUAUCGAAAUCAACACGAAAUGUCCAAAAUUUAUAUUUACACAAUGAAAUUAUCGAUCGAGUUAGCAAAUACAAAUAUUUAGGCACUUUUAUAAAUGAAGACAACGAUAGCUCAGCAAAAAUCAAAAUAAGAAUAGAAAAAGCCAGAUCCAUAUUCACUAAAAUGAAGAGAGUGUUCUGUGGAAGAUUUGAGCCUUGAAAUGAAACUUCGCCUGAUGAGAUGUUACGUACUUUCUGUGCUGUUCUACGGAAUGGAGUCAAGGACGCUGAAAAAGAUUGAUACCUAAAAAUUAGAGGCAUUUGAACUGUGGAUGUAUCGCAGAAUCUUGAGAAUAUCAUGGACGGAGAGAGUCACAAACGUCGAGGUCUUGAGAAGAAUGAAUAAAGAAAAGGAAGCUUUGAGGUGAUGUUUAAGAAAAAUUCUAAUCCUAAAAUCCUAAUAACUAAGACUGGACAAUAGAUUUCUACUUCCUCUUGUAAUUUGCAUCUCAUUUGUACCUUUUAAAACCUUAAAUGCCUACGUUUUCUCAACAAUUAACAAAUUUGCUUUUAUGUACGUCAGUGUCCCGAAAGGUGCGAACUUUGCUAAAAACUAAUUAUUUUAUCAGCCGAUGCCGAUACUAUUAUUAUAAACAACAGUGAUUGUGAUUUGAUUGUCGUUGCAAAAACUGCUUACCUAUUACACAUAUAUGUAUAUCUCGUCUAAAUAUUUUGUUUUUAAGCAUGAACAAGCCCGGUAUGAUGACAUAUUUUAUUUGAGGAUAUGCGAUAUUCACAGAUGUGCUUAACUGUUUUUAGUAAUGAAUCAUUUUUAAUGAUAAUGUUGUGUAGAUUUGAGAAAUGAAUGAUAUUUACAAAAUUUUUAUACCUACAGAAAAGGGAUUACGCCAUCAUUUGUGACAUUGUAUUUCUAGGCCUGGAUCCCGCGUACCAACAAAAAGUUGAUUAAUAGCAAGCUGAAAAUUUGUUAAUAGCUUAACGGUGUCUCGUCAGACAAACUUUGAUGUACGGGAACACUGAAACAGGGGAAGUUUUAAUUGUGGAACAGGUUAAAAAUUUGGAACGUCAUACUACGAAAACGUCCCAUGUAUUUUGUCGGACAGAACUUCCAAUUGAUUUGUUAUCCUUUCAUUAAACUCUCAUGUAAAAAUCAUACUGGUAAUUCCGAACGAGUUCUAUUAGCUUCUCUACGUCCAUCUCGAAACCAAAACCACAUCUGAGAAUUGAGUCACGCGUCCCACGACACCAGAAAACUGUGUUUCGAUGACAAACGUUCGCAUGUGUAGACCUGGCACUGUAUUCACUGAUAUAGGAUGCGCAGAACUCUCUACGCACCCCGCCGGUACCAGGUUGUGUUCGCUUAGGAUCAAUUUGCGCCGGCACUUAACCCGGCAUUGGUCGCUAGGUAGAUUGUUACGCGAGUGGUCGCGCGUGAGAUUUUCUCUCACAUAUCCAACUUUUGCCUUUCUUUACAAAAUUUUACAAAAAAAUGAGGUUUCAUCAACGAUAAAGCCAUUUGCUUUAAAAAGACACGACGUUUUUCUGUUUUAUUAUUAUUAUCUUUAUAUAAAAUGUGACUAUUGAUGCCGCGAAUAUUUAGCAUUGAAAAAUAUAUGGCAAGUGACCAUCUACAACUAACCCGUGAAACAGAAUAUAGGAUUUUCAUAUCAUUGACCACAUAUACGGCGCCUUUUAUUACAUCAUAAAAGGAUAUUAUUUUAGGUUUUAAGGGGAAAAAUAAAAUUAAUUUUUAUACACAGUUGGUGACGCCGGUGGUCACUUGAUGAGAGAAUCUCUCACAUGAAGCGCACUGACUCAACAAUAUGGUGAUACUAAGUCAACUGAGGCACUAUCUAAGCGGACGAGUCUAUUAGAUUGUCGAGGGAGGAUAGUUAGGAGACCAGAAGGAACUACAGCGUGUAUAAUUUCCCAAAAAAAAAGUUGUGCGCAAUUUGGCGCCAGUGUAGCGACCACUGGCGGGUUAAAGAAAUAAAAAUUCUCAGUGCUAAAUAGUUUUGAAGUAAUUCAGUAAAUGUAAAAUGUGAUUUUGACAUUAAUUUCGUUAAGGAUUUGUUUAAACCCUACAAAAUCCAGUUGUUGCAAGAAUUAGGUAAAUGGAAGAUGAUAUAACCCACAGUGGUUCUAAAUUCUGAAAACGUGGUCAUGAGGUAAAUAAACAGUCCCUAUCUAGGGCUUCUCAUGUUUACAGUAACUGUUGUUUCAUACUAUCGUAGAGUCGUAAUACGCAGGUAUAAGGAUCAGAUAUGGUGUAUUCUUAUUCUUGUCUUAUUCCUAGCUCAGGAACAAGUGAGCCAUGUACGACGAUAUUUUUACCGGCAGUGAAAGUGAAAAAGAACGCGUAUCUUGAAAACGCUGUAAAAAGUUUUGUUGUUUCUCAAUUUUAUCGCUGUAAAGCAGAUUCUUUUUCAAGUGUGUUUUAAUGUAGGAUAUAAGUUGACUUAAGCUUUGAUAACAAUAAAUGCCUAAAACUUGUUAAUUAAUAAACAGUAAAAAGAUACUUGAAAUAAUCAAAAAAUAUUUGUAAAGAUACAUUCAAAAAGUGCAUAGUUCGACUAACGUUUAUUAAUCUAAAAAUGUACAGUAAGGAGAUACAGAAUCACAUUGGUUUAGCUGCCUUUAUCUGCCUUUGCAUUGCUGGCAGUUGUUUGAAUACAAAAGUGUGAAAUGACGCAUUAUUAUUAAAAAUAUUAGAUGAUUCUGGGGGUUUUUGAGUAUGUAUAUUGGCGGUUGUACAUAAUAGGUUCUAAAUAUUGUACUUCAAGUUGCAUUCAUAAUCAGCAAUUUGCAAAUCAGCAAAAACAAAAUUUGCCUUUAAAAUAAAAUUUUCUAAUUUCUUUCCCGACAUUGGAUCCGCCAUUUUGUUUUAAAGAAUGUCAUAUUCGUAAUCAGCGAUGCCAAAAACCCUUAGGUGCGAAAGUAAUUCCUUCGUGUAUGAAAAAUAUACGCUUUAAAGUUUCACGACCUCGUUUUCGGCAUUUGAAACCACAGUGCUACCGUAGGUUACAGUUUAGUCAGGUAAAGGUGAAUAAAAUUCUAACUGACGAGAACUUCGUUAACAAGAUAUGUUUUUCCGACGAAGCAACAUUUACACUAUGUGGGAAUGUAAAUCGUCAAAAUUUAAGGUAUUGGAAUAAGGUAAAUCCACACUGAAUACGUGAAAACCAUGCUCAAAGACCACAAAAAAUAAAUGUAUGGUCGGGUGUGGGGCAUAGUGGGUAAGUCAAUUAAUUGGGCCAUUUUUUAUAGAAGGAAAUUUAACAAGCAUAAUUAUGAAAUGCUAUUGUAAUUGAAUGUAAAUGAAUUGAAAUUGUAACUGCCCUGAAAUAUAAGUGUGGAGCCAUUUUUAAUGUUUUCAGCAAGACGACGCUCCGGCUUAUUUUGGUGUAAAUGUUUUAGUGGCGGAUCUACGGGGAUAGGGGAAAUUCCCCUCAUCCCCCCCCCCCAAAAAACAAGGUCCAAAAAUUGUUUUUGACAAAUUUCAAUAAACAUAGAAAUGUAUGAAAUGAAAACCCAGUAAACCCGCUAGUUAGGAUAAUUAAGAAAACUUAAUGCAUCUACAUUACUUUAUUUAAAAAUUUAAACCCAAACAUAACAUUUGUAGCCUGUAUCCGAAAAAAAUUUAAAUUAUAGAUAUAAAACCAAUAACCCUAUGGUUAAUAGUUUUGAAUUUUAAAGAAAUACUUUUGUAUUGUCGUGUUUUCGAGGGAACUGGCAGCUUGGUACCAGAUGUUGUCGAACUGGCCGUAAGAUAAAUGCCUCUUUUAAUAAGAGAAAAUCAAAACUCCAAAUGAUUUUAUUUUGAACUGUCCAUUGAUAAACCAAAUAGUAUUUUUUUAUUGCAACCAUUAAGGGCAUAGGCGUAACAUGUCGCCUGUCAAAAUGUUCAAUGUGUUUAAAGUAUUCAUUUUUUUCGAAUCCUGAGAAAACUAAUAAAUAUUUUUGAAAAAUUUAAACGCAGCAUGAAAGAUUUCAUUAUUUCUGAGCCAGCCUGGCUCAGAAGCCAAUUUGGCUAUCAGCCAUUGGCAGAUAGCCAAAACAGGACUUUAAGUGGUUAAAAGAAUUUCUAUAGUUUUACAAUACAAAAAAAAUGGGUGGAAUAAUAUUAGAGUUAAAAAUAUAGGCGUCUAAUGUAAGUACAAUUAAAUCGGAAAAUAUCGACCGUACGAAAAAAAAAUGGUUAAAAAAAUUGUAAUAAUUACUGUAAACACGAUUUAUUUGGAACAAUUUCAGCUCCUACCAUUUUUGUCAAAAAGUUGAAAAUGGAGGUGAUAUUGGAAGAGAUAUAUGGCGGAACAAAAACCACCGCUAUCAAAUCAAGCAGGUCUUAUGUUCACUCCUUUACCGCAUACGUACUACCUGAAAUAUUGAUUUUAGUAAAAAAAUGAAGAUCAAAAUUGUAUAAAAUUUAAUUCUGUCCAUUUUUGUAUAGAGGGUACUUUCUAGGUACAUUGUUGUUCUAUAAGUAAUAAUACACGAGAUAAUUCAAUAAUUAUGCUGUUUCCCCCCAUAACUAGGUAUAUAUCAACGGCACAAAAAAAAAUUAUAAUAAAAUAAAUUAUUGUUGUUCUGAAGCUAUUUUCUUAUGGCAUUUUUAUAAUCAAGUAUAUUCAAAUGGGAAAUAAGCCACAAUUUUACCUAAAAAUGCAAUUUUUUUGUAAUUUUGAGAGUAAACUAAAUGUAAACCCAAAUACUUGCGAUGUCGGGAUAGUAUCACGAGGUUUUUCCUGGUUUUCCCUCGUGAUUUACUAUGGAAUCUCUAACGCGAGAAUUUCAGUACCACCGUUGCAUUUGGUUGUCUUUUUAAAGACAGAUCACAUGCUAUGAUUUUUUGUGGCGACUAUUCUUGAGUUGGGAUUGAUUUCAUGUAAUCGAAUGAACUAUCUUUUAGUAAAGUCGUCCCAGGAACGCAACUCAUCAAUAUUGGCAAUAUCAUUUUUAAAGUCGUCUACUUUAAAAUGUAUAAUACGUGUCUGAAUUGCCGAUAUAAAUGAGUCAGAUUAAAUAAAUUAUUAGAAGAAUUUUUUACUAAGCAACAACAUUUUUGUUUAUUUAAUAUUAUUUUGUAUUUUGACAACGACACCCGACUUGGGCGUCGAAACGUUAAUAAAAUCAUUUUUAGGUAAAAUUGUGGCUUAUUUCCCAUUUGAAUAUACUUGAUUAUUAAAAUAAAUUAUAGGAAAUCAUAUUUUCAACAAUUUCAGUCCUCACACUUUAUGUCGAAAAGUUAAAAAUGGCCGAGAUAUUGAGCAAAAACGGUUCUCCUUUAAAAUCAAGAUGGCGGCUAACGCAAGAGCGGAAUUCGUUCGCUAUUUUAAAUUUACACUACUAUUGACCCCCUAAAGAUUAGAAAAAUAAAAUCUUGCGUGGGUAUUUCGGCAUGCAAGAUCAAAUACUAACCCGACUAGACUAUAUAAUUUUGACUCUGAUAUUAUUGCAUGUAACUUUUCUUGUAUUGUAUAACUAUACAAAUUCUUUUAACCACUUAAAGUUCUGUGUUUUGGCUAUCUGUGGGCAAAUUUUCGGUUAAAUCGAAGAACUUAUGUUUUGGGAAUGGAGGAACAUGUAAAAACAGUAUUUUAACGUUUUUUGCACUAAAAUUUGAUCAAAAAACUUGUUAUCAUGCCUAAUAUUCACAUUUUUGAGUCCCUCCCAUUAAAAUAUUAUUUUUUCCAUUGAUACUUUACGAUAAAAAAUUGCAAAUUUGUUUAAAUAAAUACCAAAUCACUGUAAAAUGAUAUUUUGAGAAAAAAAAAAUAAGAAGAAAACGGUUCGAUCUCCAAUGUCUUAUUUUUACCCCACCCCAAUGUUUUUCAUUGGAAGUCCACCCCCCAAGGUAAAUUUCUAGAUCCGACACUGAAAUGUUUAGGCGUUUAGAUCAGACGUUUCGCGAACGACAUUCUCCGUCAAAACUUUCGAAUGGUAUAUGGCCCUUACGGAGAUAGCGUGACAAACGAAUGAAGGUGCAGAUACAAUAACGGGUUAGCGGUUAGAGUCUCUUUUAUGUUAGGAAAAUCUAGUCAGAUAUAGAUAUAUAAAGGGACAAUAGACUCAGAUGGGCUGGGCAUGUGAGACGCAAUAACGACAAUCGCUUUAUAAACAAUGUUUUUGGGAAAGGCCAGAUGGAAGAAGGUCUGUAGGACGGCCUAGAAAAAGGUGGGAAGAUGCAGUCAUGAAAGAUCUGGAGAAAAUCGGAAUGAGACGUGAGACAAUGGCAAAUAGUUGCACAAGACCGACAAAAACAUGGAAGGCAAUAGUAAACUCGUCAACGGUCAACGACUCACGAAGAGUUGUUAUGCCAGUGAUGAUGAUGAUAGUUCGUAAGUUAGGUAGUGUUGGUUUUGAAUGGCCUCGUCGUUCACUCGAUUUGAAUCCUAAAGAAUAUUUUUAUUGGAGACACUUGAAAAGUAGAAUUUAUUAAACUAAACCAGCAAAUGUGUCACAGCUGAGGCAAAGAAUUAUCGAUGAAUCCAUAUUAAUUUCUGGAGAAAUAUAAUAGACGCAUUCUACCAUCAUUUAGGAUACUGUCAAAUUAACAUCAGAGGACAUUUUGAACAGUUGAUUAUAUAUACCUUAAUUUAGCAGUUUAGUAAAUUUUAAUUAUUAUGUGUAAAUUUAGUUGUACAUAGUAUGAAUCAACAAAUUUAUUAAAAUUAUUAGCCAUUUCUAGACUUUUGUUUUAUCUUUUUAAAAUGUUCCUGACUACAUAAAAUCGAAAGUAUUGUAUCCAGUUGAAUUGGUAUUAGAGUGGAAAAUUCAAUAAAAGUACAAAAUACACGGUGUUGUAUUUGAAAAACCAAGUGACUAAUAAUAUCACAAAAAAUUGUAAAUCUGGAAACGUUACAAAUAUCAAAUUUCAAAUCGUCAUAUUACCCCCCACUGUGGCUCAGUGGUAAAAGACUUUACUAAGUAACAAAACAUUUACUGAACACACACAUUACACUUUCUGAUUGCAAAAUUAAUCGUACCAUGCCAACGGCCAUUAGUUGUCGAAGCAUUUAAGCUAAAUAAAAAAAUCCUCAUAUUGCAAAAUAUAUGUAAGUAUCACUGUUUUUAUAUAUUUCGGACCAUCCGUUUGAAAGAUAUAAUUAGACGUUUUCAGACUUUUGAUUCACUUUACGGCUCUUGCUGCUUCUCGUACUUCAAUCUCCACAAUCGUUGAUCUUUCCAGUCGUUUUCUUCCAUUUCUCGGAUUCCAUGGUUCCAAUGGUGCCUAACUCGUUUCCGUCUAUUUGAUGGAAUAUGCGCGAAGAUCUUUUUAGGCCUUUCAUUGGUCAUUUGUUUUACAUGCUCAUACAAGAAUUAUAAAAUUUUCUUUAAUUUUUAUACCACAGUUAACUGUAACGCAAAUUAUGAGCCCGAAUUUAAUGCUGAAUUGUGUAGAGCUGUCAUAUCUGCCAAUAUUACUCUUAAAAAUUACAGAACGACACAUUUAAAAAAGUUUUAGAAAAAAAUUACGGCUUCGACAUACCAAAUUAAAGCACUUUGCUCAAAUAAUUUUGUAUAAUAUAUGUCCAUAUUAAUGAUUCAAAUAAAAUUAAAUUAUUACAAGAAUUUUUUUACCAAGUAACAAAAACAAAAUUUGUUUGAUUUAUUAAUAUUUUGUAUUUUGAGAAAGAUUCGAAGUAAAAAUUGUGGCUUAUUCCCAAUAAAUAUAAAAUAACUAGAA